AUGACCCUUGCAGACAUCCGCAAAGGAAAUCACAAGAAGGCCAUCAACGAUCUUUUGAUGGCACAAGACAUCAACCUCUUGGCUUCCGCAUCUUCGGAUGGAAGUAUCCUUAUGUGGGACACAGCCACGAUGAAGCCCAAGAAGACCUUCAAGGGACACAAGAAGGUGCCAAAUCUCCAGUCAGACGGUUUGCUGCGCUUCCUGCGGUACAGCUAUCGGGCUUGUGAGCAUGUAAAGACUUUUGGCCCCGAAGCGCCUGGCUCAGGGCACCUUCUCCCUGGCAUAUUCCAUGGCACGGAGACCCAGCAGACAUCCCGGAACUUCUACCAAAGGUUUCGGAACUAG